AUGUUUGCAAACGCGUCCACCCUGCGCGGCGUCCCACAAUGGUCUGAAGUCAAGCUCAGCAGACAAUCAGCUGUUGAGUGUCUCGAACUACCUACAGCUACCGGUUGCACCCGUCUAGACGUGGGGGUGGGGGCGACUGUGAUGAGACACCAACCAUCUCUGCCGGACCCCUACGGAAUUGAAGCCGUGAUCGUGCGCGCAUGGAAACACCCCCCCCCCCCCCCCCCCCCCCCCCCCACCGUUUCAAUUGCGGACCACUCCUGCCGGUCAAUGACCGCGGACGGAAAGAAACGUGAUCCGAUCGGGAAGUGCUUUGUUUUAGGGCGCGGUGCGUUGCAAUUCGCAAGUUAUCAGCCGGCCAUUGCACUCGCAACGACGCCCUGCGACAAAGGGGCCGAGCCGAGAUGCGAUCUCGAUUGCGAAUCAACGGAGGGCUCAGUUGAGCGACGCAGACACAAGACACCGUGGGCAGUUAUUACGUGCUCAGCGCUUACAUAUGCUACUGCUGAUUCUAUGCAAGAUAUGUUA